AUGAUUACCGACCAGUAUGUGCUACAGGCCUUCGACGAAAUUGACAAGAAGCUUGAACUAGGUCUUCAACAGUUGUCCUUAGGCCACCAAAAUUACACUCAGUCCUCUAAUACCCAAUUAAAGGAACUUCAGGAUCAACUAUGGCUCGUGAAAAAUGAGGUUUCUUCCAUAAGUUCAAAUCUACGCCAGGGGAAACCGCAUCGCGGCGCAAACCUCAACGUUCUCCAGAAAGUACUUCUCCAGCUUACCGACGAUGCAUCGCCAGACUUUGUUUCGAUUUCAGAUGAUAUCGAGGUUUCAGUUCGCAUGGCAAUCUCGCAGUACGUGUCGAUAUGCCUGUACCACUCCAUAGUGCAGACCUGUCUGGAUCAACUUCCGUCUACCUUGGACAGUGCCCAAUACUUCACAGAAGUUCAUGAUUCGACCCGCUGGUCUCUGUUGUAUGCCUUACAGAUUUUGCCCAAGAGACUACUUAACAUGGCCCUCGACGUGAGAGACGACAUGUCCUACACAUCCAUGUUGAGAUCACGUGACAUACGGGCCAUAGGAAUGAGCUGGUACCAGAAGCUUCUGGGACAGGCCGAGAAGAUGGUAAUGAUUCAUAAUUUCCAGCUUGUGGGUCUUCCUCGUGAUGCUAAAAAAGUCGCUGCUUCGGUUGUCGCUCUCCCACUGGUCGCAGUUCGCGAUGAAGUGGAGACCAAGCGUGACACCGCGGAAAAGCUCUUCAACGACACAGCUCGGAAGUUAGGCGCCUUGAUGACACACUUUCCCAACGUUCACGACUUAGAUGCCCGCAGUAGUCUUCUUGCCACCUUUUGCGGUAAAAGUCGUGAAAAGUCGCCGAGUGGGUCCGAAAGGACAUUGUUGGAGAUUCUCCCCAGCAUUAUCAAUUUGAAGCGUGCGCAGCGCAUCGACAAGCCCGGGGUUUGGACACGAUAUUGGCCAUCUAUAUUCUGCAUCUUGGCUUAUGGGCCUUCCUCCGCUAUUGCCAUAUGGCAAUCUCGCUUCAAGAUUCUACAGUUCUGCCGGGAGAAUAUCGUGGAUUUCUGUGCCGGAUUGGUACAGAAUUGGAUAUGGGUUCCUUUGCAACAAGUAUGGAGUACAGUCCGCCAUGAUGAAACUAAUUCCACUAUCGCAGUCGCAUCUAAGGGCUCUUUGGAUUCCGAAUUUAGCUCUUUAACUCGGAUGGUGGUUCAACUAGUAGCAGAGUAUUCUGACAAGCCCGUUGAUACAACGGCACUGGCUGCUCAAGUUGAAGCCGGCAACCUGACUGAGUUCAUGCAAAUAUAUGAACAUCAGUUACACAACCCUAUCACGAACAUCGUGAGCGGAAAGUUGGUCCGCUCUCUACUGAUCCAACUGCAAAAGACCAAAGUUGAUGGUUCAUUAGCUCUCAGCGGCAUCGACCAACUAUUGCAAUCGCAACAGCUCGUUUUUGGGGUUGUGGCUAUGUCGCCUGCAUUGCUGAUUAUUUAUUGUAUCUGGACUUGCGCGUAUCGGUUAACAAAGCUGGGACGAAUUUGGUCGAACACGACUCAGUUCAGGUUCAAACUGUCAUCUAGUUUGAACAAUGUUGAAAGACUUUUAAAUUACAAUCAAAAUGACGUCAAUUCCACGGACAAGGAUCUAAACACGGGUUUACUAGCACUAGAGGUUGUUUCAGCACGUCGAUAUGGUGACAAGUUAGUUCCAAAGAAUCGCAAACCAGAAUGGAUCAGGGACAUCGGCGAAUUAGUGGACACAAAUUUAAGCAGUACUGCUAGGCUAAAUGUGGUGAACAGGAUCUACCACGUCUACGGGAGAUACCUAUAA